GAAACGGAGAACAAAGUUCAGCUUUUCCAGCAGUGAACUACAAUAAUAGUUAGCUAGCUAUGUAUAUUCGUAAUAUUUUUCGAGCACAGUUGGUCGGAGCCAGAGUCCUCCUGUUUAACCAUGUGCAGCGCGUUUAUGGAGCCCAGAGAUCACUCUGCACCAAAAGUGAUGAGGUGAAGCUGGCAGAGGAGGCUAGCAGAAAGUAUGGCUCUCCAGGUCCAACCAUCUUCUCCAAAGUGAUUGAUAAAAGCAUCCCUGCAGAUAUUAUUUAUGAAGAUGACAAGUGUUUGGCAUUCAGGGACAUCAACCCACAGGCCCCUGUUCACUUCUUGGUCAUUCCAAGGGCCCCUAUUCCUGGAAUAAGUGCAGCUGAAGAUGAUGAUGCAGAGCUCUUGGGACAUUUGUUAGUUGUUGCUAAAAACGUGGCGAAGCAGGAACCUCUUAGCGAAGGCUACAGAGUGGUGAUCAAUAAUGGAAAACACGGAUCUCAGUCAGUGUACCACCUUCAUAUCCAUGUUCUGGGAGGAAGACAGAUGGCCUGGCCACCAGGAUAAAGAGGAUCACACAACCGUGAAAAUGUCUGCAGCCAUUCUUUCAAGACACCACGUUUUUCUCAAUUUGAUUAAUUAAUUGUAGCCUGUAGUUUAGUAGGAUUUUUUUUAGGUCUUUCAAGUGUGUGUGUUUUUAUUUUUUUUUAUUUU